AUGGGUGUUCCCAAAUUCUUCCGCUGGGCGGCGGAGCGCUUCCCCUCCAUCAUCACCCCUUUCAAGGACUCGCCACCACCGGUAGACAACCUCUACCUCGAUAUCAACGGUAUCAUCCACAACUGCACGCACCCGAACGAUGUAGACGCAACGCGGCGCAGCCCGACAGAGAAGGAGAUGAUUCAGGCUAUGUUCAUCUAUCUCGAGAAGCUCUUCAAUGCCAUCCAGCCGCGCAAGUACUUCCUGCUUGCCGUCGAUGGUGUUGCGCCGCGCGCGAAAAUGAAUCAACAGCGCCAGCGCCGCUACCGCGCCGGUUACGAGAUGAUGGUCGCGCGCGAGGAGGCGCUCGCAAUGGGUGAAGAGGUGCCGGAGGAGAAGGACAUGUUCGACAGCAACUGCAUCACUCCUGGUACCCCAUUCAUGGUGCGUGUGAGCACGGAGUUUCAGUAUUUCAUCACAAUGAAGCUGUCCACCGAUCCGGCGUGGCAGAGGUGCGAGAUCAUCUUCUCCGGCCACGACUGCCCUGGUGAGGGCGAGCACAAGAUCGUUGAUUUCAUCCGCCGGCGGAAGAUGCAGCCUAACUACGACCCCAACGAGACCCAUUGCAUGUACGGCCUCGAUGCCGAUCUCGUCAUGCUGGCGCUCGCCACACACGAGCCACACUUUGUACUGCUGCGCGAGGUCGUCACGUUCGGUCCCGGCUCUCGCAAGGAGCGGGAGCGGCAAGAGGAGGAUGAGGCAAAAGGCCUCGUGAAGGACAAAGCGUACCACAAGGCGGACGAGUUUGUGCUGCUACACAUCAGCGUAUUCCGCGACUACCUCCAACUAGAGGUGAAGGACUACCUGGCAAAGUCGAAGAGCAGCACAAAAAUCGACUUUGAGCGCAUCAUUGACGACUUCGUCUUCAUGUGCUUCUUCAUUGGUAAUGACUUUCUGCCGACACUGCCGACCAUCGGCAUCAACGAUGGCAGCAUACCAGUGCUCCUGCGCCUCUACGUGGAUAACUUGCUCAGUAAGAACAGGUACUUGACGCACAAGGGUGAGAUCGACUGGCGCAACGCCGAGGUGUGGCUGAACGAGGUGGGCAAGCUCGAGUUCGAGACGCUGCGCCGCCGUCAGCAGGAGGAGGCGGAGUACCAGAAGAACCGCGCUCGCCGUGACCCCACCCACGAGGUGGACACCACCUCCGCGAUGCCUAUUACAUCGAUCCUGGAGUUCAAGCAACGCUACUACGGUGAGAAGCACGGCUUCGUUGGCGGCUGGGACGCGAACAGUGAAGACAUGCGCCGACUGCGGGAACACUACGUGGAGGGGCUCAUGUGGGUUAUGCAUUACUACUAUCAAGGCGUGCCUUCAUGGAAGUGGUUCUUUCCGCACUACUACGCACCCAUGGCGAGUGACCUCGUGAACCUCCCCGGCAUCUCUGCCCGCGUGACGUUUGAGGUCGGCAAGCCCUUCCAGCCGCACCAGCAACUGCUGGCCGUGCUGCCGCCCAUGUCAUACUUGUCCAUGCCCAAGGCCUACUGGUCUUUGCUACGCAGCCCGAGUAGCCCACUUGCCAAGUACUUGCCAGAGCACAUCGUCAUUGACCGCGAAGGCGCGCGUGCGCCGUGGGAGGGAAUUGUGCUCAUUCCAUUCAUCGACGAGCGCACGCUGCUCGCCGCUUACGAGUCUGUGCAGCAAAACGUCAGUCCUGAGGACGCCGCGAACAACGUAAAUGGGCCGCCGCUGCGGUUCCGCUAUGACGGCAAGAUGACGCCGUACGAGCUGGAGGAUCAGAUGUUCGGCUCUCUCCGGAACGUCUUCGUGAGGCGCGAGACGUACGCGUUUCCUCCCAUCGACAAGUUUAUCCCACAGCUGUGCCCCGGCGUGCACGUCGGCACGCAGCAGCUUGAGGGUUUCAGCACCCUGCAGUCGAAGCGCGACCUCAUCCAGACGAUCUUCGAGGCCGGAGUCGUGACGAUCUUUGGCCGUCCCACCAAGAACGACAGCCUCAUCCUGCAGAUGCGCGACUUCUUCAAGGCCAAAUCGAUCGACCAGGUGGCAACGCUCGUCGGCAAGGAGGUACUCGUCGGCUUCCCGCAUUACAAGCGCGCCCGUGUCGCCUGCGUGAAGGAUGUGCACAAGUGCAUCACUGCCUUAUACAGCAAGGAGGGCACCUUCAGCGGCACCGAGGAGCACAAGAACAACCGCGACGAGUCGGCUGCUUUCCUGAGGGAGGCGGAAACGCACGCGCGUUUUAUGAAGUCACAGCUGGGCCUCGCCGUGGAGCAGGUCCACGUUCUUGUGUACGUGCACCGCUUUAAUGGAAUGCAAGUGACGCGCAAAGGCCGCAUUGAGCGGCACUUUUCGACCACCUGGACGUGCUACCCAAUCCAUCUUAUCUGCACCCUGGAGAGCAUCGACAUGAGGGAGGACAGCCGCUACGUCGAGCGCUACCGCAGCGAAGGGGACAGCGCAUUCGGUGCCCGUUGCGUCUACAUUGGCCCGCAGCCCAAGUCAAAGAAGUCGCAGGUGGACGUGUACGGCUGCUGCGGCACAGUUUUGACGACUGGCCAGCACGACACGGCGACGCAGCAGGGCGAUCAGCUGACAGUGCGCCUCAAGGUGUUUCAGGAGCCGCUGCGGCUGCCGGAGGAACUGCUGCAGUUCGCUGCGCUGCGCAACUGGACAGCGCUGCCGCAGGUGGCGGCCAGUCUCGACAUUUUACCGCACACCCUCACGAGCAUCUGCAGCUCCCUCGUCACAUCACCGCAGUUUGGCUCUCGCGAGCUAGGGCUGUGCCUAAAGUUCUCCGGGCGGUGCAUUGCCAAGGUUGGGUAUGCGAAGCUGGUCCAGCACAACUUCAACCCAUGGUACGUGGGGAACAAGGACAUCUUCUCUCGCAUGGAAAAGGACACGGAGGACAUCGGUUACCAUUUGGAGAUGGGCGAGAAGGGCGACUUCGCGGGCAAUUCGAGCAACAAUCGUGGUGGUAGCGGCACGUGGUACUUCUCCCGCGACGCGCAGGAGCUGAUCCACGACUACGUGAAGCGGUUCCGUCCACUCAUCCAGUACAUCGAGGCAGGUGGCGUAAACUCACGCAGCCUUGAGCCACAGCAGUUUCUGACGGGAAAGUGGCGCGACAAGGACGCGGCCGAGGUGCUAACAGAUAUUGAGACGUUCUUGAUCGAGUCAGGGCUGCGCGAAACGCCGAUGAUUACGGCUACGGAGGAGGCCUUUCCGCAGCAGCUGCUCGAGCAGCUCGAGAUGUCGCUGCAGGAGCAGCAGAGCCGCAGCUUCAAGGAGCUCUCGCUUCGGCAGGUGAGCCGCAACCAGCUUUACUUUCCUGUCACUUACAGCAGUAGCGGCCAUCUCGUGCCGCUUCCGCUGCCGAAGGAGCAAACCUUCUCUCUGGGCUCGCGGGUCACGAACUGCCGCGCCACGGGCACUGUUCCCUUCGGCAUGCAGGGCACGAUCGUGCGCCUGCUGGCCAGCGGCAGGGAGGCUGAGGUCGUGUAUGAUACCCCCUUCACAGGAGGCACUCGACUUGAUGGCCGCCUCAAGGACACUCGCGCCGCCAUCACCAAGCUGUCGGCGCUUCUCGUGCUCAAGUCGACGGAUGCACCGCAACCACAGCCCGAAGCCCAAGCCCAGCCGCAGUCGCAGCCUGACAUGAGGGCCGCUUCAACCGCCUCUACGGACGGGUCAGCGAGGUUGAGGGAGCUCGAAUUCCUCCUGCAGGCGAACGGCAUUCACAUAGACCCAUCGGGCAAAUCCACGGGGUCUCCACCAUCGCUGCCUGCGGCGUUUCAGAACCCCGCGACUACCGCGGCUCGCGCUGGCCUGGCCGAUUCUGGUGCCAGCCAUAGCCUCACCGCCGGUGCUAGUGCAAGCGUUGUGCCGCGGCCGCGCAGUGCGGCUGCACCGGAGCAGACGCCGGCGUCAGCGACACCAGGCAAGCGCUCUACCCCCGCCUCCGCCACCGCCCAUUUGUUCUCCAGCGCGUCUUCAUUGGCGUCGGCUACAGGAGAGUCCCACACCAGUCCCGCGAGCCUCAAAAUCACGGCUGCCCCGGGGAGCAGCGGGAUCAGCCUCCAGGACUUGGCCAAACACUUGCCCACCUCCACCUCCCAGCUCUCGCCCGUCAGGGUCGCCUCGCCGGCUAGUCACGCUCCAGCGUUGACUGCGGCUGCGGCAACGACGACAACGGCGCCUACCGGCAUCACCAUCCCUGCACCCAAGUCUGCACAGCAGCACCAACACUCGCCGCAGCCUGUUUCGCCUCCGCCACCUGCGCCAGCGACUGCAGCGGCAGCGUCGGUGGGGACGGCCUCGCUGCACCCAAGCAACGAGUCGAAGGAGGCGUCUCCUGGCUUGACCACGUGCCCCAAGCCGCGCAGCCUGCACGUCAUCCCGGGGGACUUCCUGAGUGGGCAGUUCAAGAUCAAGUACACGAACACAGGCUCGUUGUUCCGCAGCUGGCUCAACACUUUCACGGCGGAGGCGGUGAGCAAGACCCUCGCCGAGCUUGAGGCAGGGGAGAAUGCGAAUCCCACGUGA